CUAACAAAACCAUGGGCUUUGGUGGAAUCUUCCAUUUCUAUAAAAUCCGGCCAAACAUAGAGUGAGAACAAUAUAUAGAGACGAAAAAACCGGAGCAGAAAUUAUCAAUGGAGAACGUAGCGAGCGUAGCAAAAGCUGCAGUGGAGAAAUUGAAGGAGAUGAAUAUGGUGGAAAACGCAAAGGAGAUCGUCUUAAAAACGACGCCGUCGUUUGUAUCGGAAUAUGCACGGAUCUUAUUCAAUUGGUUAUCGGGAAAUUUGAAGCAGAUUGCCGUGAAAAUGACGCCGGUCGUGCGAAUUUCAUCCGACUGGCUACUGAAAAAUACGAAGGAGAUUAUCGUGAAAACGGCGCCGUUUGUACGAACCUCAUCUCACUGGUUACUGGAAAAAGCUCCUCCACUGAAUUCGAUCCGAGAAACUCCACUGCAUAUCUCCAUUCCAAUCGGAUUUCUGCUGAUUUUGUUCCUCCGCCGGUGCUUCAGCGGCGGCGACGGCGGCGGAAAUGGGAAGACGAUGAAAGCUCCGGGAAGGAAUAAUGUAAGGAUACAAAGGCGUGAUUUUGAAAGCAGUCCUAAAUCCUAUUUCCGCAAUCUCCGCUCGCGGAAAUAACUAAUUUCGGUAUUAUUAUUCGGUAUUUAAUAUUUUUAAGUUUGAAUUUGAAAUAUCUUGAUAUCAUCGAUCUAGGUACUAAUAUAUAUUAUGUGUUUGUAUUUCAA